UUUUGAAGUUUCAAGUUGAGUUUUUUCGUGUAACCUUUCAUACAACUGUGACAAAAUGGCCAAAAAGGGUAAAAAAGGCAAAGGAAAAAAGAAGAAACUGGUCGAAGACGAUCCGAAUGCACUCACAGAGGUCGACAAAACUUUUUACGAACUUACAAUAGCCGACCUAAAUAGGAAAUUAGCUCGAUUACGUUCCCUGACGCAAGAACUCGAAGACAAAAACGAGGAUUUGAAGCAGAAUAAUGAAAAAUUGGACGAGGACAAGUCGGAUAUUAUUACCUAUCUAAAACGUAUACUGCAGGAAAAAACUAACGAAAUUAACGAGUUAGAGGAAAGAAUUACAGGACUGCAAGAGACAAGGCACAAUGAAACUGAGCAAUUCGAGGCUAAGAUCGUCGACAUGGAACAGGAAUACAAGCAGAUGCACGAACAACUUACAUCGGAAAAUAAACUGCUUGAAGGUAAACUCAACUCCUUAGAAGAAUUUCGAUCACAACGUGACGAACUAAUGAAAAAGUUUGAAGCACAGGAAAAAACAAUGGAAGCGCAAGAAAAACGGCAUGCUAGAGAACUUUAUGAAAUUGAACGAAAAUUUAUUAUAAGCAAAGACAAAUUGAAAAAGGAUAUGGAAGCUCGAUUAUUACAAUUAUCUUCCGAAUUUCACGAUGCUUCUGAAUUACGAAUAGCUGCAACAACGCAUAGAGUUAUUCGUGAGAAUAUAGCUGUUAACAAUGAACUAGACACAAUGUUACAAACUCAUCAAAGACUGUAUAAGGAACUUCAAUUAGUAAAGAGUAGGGACUUAAGUUUAAAACAAGAAGCCGAGCUUCACGAAGACGAAAAGAAAAAAGCCCUUUCUAGAGUAAAAACACAGAAAAUUAUAAUCGAUAGAUUAACAUUGCAAUCUCGUGCUUUUCGAAAAGAUUUGGCUAAAUAUAAAGGUUACGAAAAUGAAGUUCGGGACGCUAAAAACGAACUUCAAAAGAACAUAGACCUGGAAAUGAAAUUAAAUUUUAAAAUCAAAGUUUUAGAACAAAAUUUGCAUCAAAAGAAAUGUGAAAAUAUUACAUUACAAACUGAGUUGGCGUACUUAAAACAAGAAAAUGAAAGACUGGAUGAUAUCCUUAUGGAAGGAGUUAGUUGUAUUAGAGAAGCUUUGACAAUUAAAUCAGAAAGUGAUAUUUCUGUAAAAUCCUCUAAAAGAGAAAAUCUUCUAAAUACACUCUUUUUGUUACUUAGUCGAGGUCACGAAAGAAACGUUAAGAUACCAUCGUUGGAAACUAUACCUUCUGUAGAAGCAACUUAUGCCGUUGGUGAUCUUGGUUUUGUACCAAAACCGUCACAAGAAUUACGAGCAAUUGCUACUACAAAACGACAUAUGAUGUCACAAACUGGGUCUAGCUUUGAGGACUAUUUAAUACAUGGACAUCCCGAUCAAUAUUUAACGAAAAAGAGUUACGUUGAUAAAGGAGAUAGUGAGUUAGAUACCAUAUCAAAGGAAUUGAUUGAAAGUAUUGGCGAGGAACGCGUAGAAGAGGAAGAAAAAGAAAGUAUAUUAUUUUUCAACGAAGAGGAAUUGCCGGACGAAGAAGAAGAGAAAGAAAGUAACGAGUAUGAUCCAUUUGCAGCAUUGGAGUCACAAAUUUCAAUGCCAGGUGAAAAACGCGAAACGAUAAAAGAUAUUUCAAAGCAAAGUAUACAAAAAAUUGCUACAGCUGAAGAAGUAACGACCACAAGCAAGGCUCAACUAGGUGGUACUGAUACACCUGUAGAUGGUCAAAAACAUGUUGAAGUGGCGAUAAAAAGUUCUUCUUCUGAAAAGGUGCGACAAAAUAUAGAAAGCGGUUCUCAAUCUAGAAAAUCUCAUGUCAAGGUCGAAGAGCAGGGAAAUGAUUGAAAAAAUGUAUGAUCCAUCUGAAGAACAAGAACAUACGUAAUUAAUCAAUGCUAUGAAUGUAGUCUAAUGAAUUAUACAUUUAUAAUGCAAAAAUAAAGCAUUCAUUUCUCAGAA